AUGGUCAGUACCAUGAAGCUAUGUAUACCUCUACUCACGACAUCCUUCUGUGCGAUGCUACUGUCUGUGCUGGGAUCAUUGGAGAAACCCUGUGCUUCAGAGAGGGAAAUGUUACUUGAGGAGUGCUGGGGACAGCCAAAGGUGAAAGAAUGUACCAGGACGUGUUCUAGAACCUUGAGAUGUGAAGAUAAAAAUCAAAAGUGCUGCUGGAGCUACUGUGGAAACAUUUGCUGGGAUGAAAAUGAUAAAUCCUUAACAAGAUUGCUAAAACGCUAACUCCCCACUGGCCCUCCACCUGUGUAG